AUGUGCACUCAAGGCAUGAAUUGGAGACUUCUUUAUAUCCUUCAAGGGAUAAAACCCCGCACAUUUGAAGAACUAGCAACUCGUGCUCAUGACAUGGAGAUAAGUAUUKCUAGUAGAGGUAAUAAAGAGCCUCUGGUCUCAGAUGUGAAGAAAGAAAAGAAGGAAAUGAAGAGCACAGAGAAGAUCUCCAAGGAAAAGAAAAAGCGACAAGAUGGAAAUGUAAGACGUCGCCCAUCUCUAGAAGAAAGACAAGAAAAAGUUUAUCUUUUUCCAGAUUCUGACCUUACAGAUAUGUUAGAGCAACUACUAGAAAAGAGACUCAUAGAACUUCUUGAAUGCAAACGACCUGAACAAAUGGGAAAAACAAAUGAUCCUAACUAUUGUGUAUAUCAUCGAGUCAUUAGUCAUCCAAUAGAAAAAUGCUUCGUUUUGAAAGAACGAAUCUUGAAGCUCGCUCGAGAAAAGAAGAUUGAACUGGAUCUUGAUGAAGUGGCCCAAGCAAAUCAUGCUGCGAUAAUCCCAAGUUCUGGCAGCCAGUCGUCCACAAUCUCAUUUCAUGACGAUGAAGUGGUUUCGAUCCAAUUUGGGACCUUCAAACCUAUGGCCAUUUCAUCCCAACAUACGGCUCAUAGGAAGAACUUUCAAGAAAAAGACGAAUUUACAGAGGAUGGAGAAGGAGAAUGGACUCUUAAUGAGAAGAAGGACUCGUAUUUUUGUAAGCACGGAGGGCUCCUUGAAGGUGAAGCCACAUACUAUCAUCGGAAACCGUUGGAUGAGAGUGAAGAAUACGAGGAAGAUAAGGCCGAAUGUUGCCAUGUUACUGUUGAAGAGGCCUCAGACACUGAAACAUCUGAAGAAGAUGUCGAAGAAGCCCCAUCAUCAUUAGAAGAUGGCAAUCAGCCAACAGUUGACGAACUUAAGRAAGUAAAUCUUGGCACGAUAGAAGAUCCGCGUCCAACCUUCAUAAGUGCGUCACUUACUCGUGAUGAAGAAAGUAAAUAUAUAAACCUACUCAUCACAUACAKAGAUAUUUUUGCUUGGUCAUACAAAGAAAUGCCAGGACUUUAUCCAAAAGUGGCAGUCCAUCACCUUGCAAUUAAACAAGGAUAUCGGCYAGUGAAACAAGCACAACGUCGAUUUCAACCAGAACUUAUACCUCAAAUCGAAGUUGAGGUCAAUAAAUUGAUAGAGGCGAGUUUCAUCCGUGAAGUGAAAUAUCCAACAUGGAUAGCAAACAUUGUUCCGGUAAGAAAGAAGAACGGCCAACUUCGUGUGUGCGUUGAUUUUCRUGACUUAAACAAUGCAUGUCCCAAGGAUGAUUUUCCAUUACCAAUCACUGAAAUCAUGGUUGAUGCUACUACAGGACAUGAAUCSUUAUCUUUCAUGGAUGGAUCAUCAGGAUACAAUCAAAUUCGGAUGGCACUCGAAGACGAAGAAAUGACAGCAUUUGGAACUCCGAAAGGGAUAUAUUGUUAUAAAGUAAUGCCCUUCGGACUAAAAAAUGCAGGUGCCACUUAUCAGCGCGCCAUGCAAAAGGUCUUUGAUGACAUGCUACAUAAACAUGUUGAAUGUUACGUUGACGAUCUCAUGGUUAAGUUCAAAAAGCGACAAGAUCAUCUAGGGGAUCUAAAAGUAGUCUUUGAUCGCUUGAGAAAGUAUUAA